AAAUGUUUCUCACGAGACUCGUCACAGUGACUAGGUUGAUAAAUAAUGACUUGAUAAGGCUUGAAUGGUGGUGUUAAGGAUGAUAUCGAGGCCAGACGUGUUUAGUUACACUACAUAUAUUUGGGGCGAGGGCUGGGUACAAGUGUAGGGAACCAUUAGUAUAAACUACUGGUCCUCUACCCUUCACCCCAAACUAGUCUGGCUAAUUACCCAAAGUUACCCAAAUCUACUCAAAACUACCAAAAUCUACCCAAACCUACCCAGAGCUCUCCCCAACAUUACGUUCGUCCAAUAGUGUGCUGCUGUCCCCUUUUUCCAGUUCUUCCAGUUCUACUCUUUGUUCAUUGCAGACUAUUCAAGUUUGUUAUAUAAAAUAAUAAUAAUGGCAGGGUUAACAAGAGGUAAACUUGUAACACUCCAGAGAAUUCUAAGCUCUGGAAUGAUUUGUCAGCCUAAUGCCUGUCCUCGUUGGAUCAACUCUCCAUGCACAGCUCGACGAAUGUCAUUAGCUUCUGCUGAUGAAGAUAUAAUUAUUGAAAAGCGAGGAAAAGGAGAUUGUGUUGGUGUGGUCACCAUGAAUCGUCCAAAAGUUUUGAACAGUUUUACCAAUUUGUUCAUGUUGAAAUUGGGAAAUGCUAUUAGAAAUAUGGACUCUGAUCCUGGUGUUGCUGCCAUUGUUCUUACUGGUGGUGACAAGGUCUUUUCUUCAGGUGGUGACAUAAGAGGAAUGCAAGACUUGAAGUUUCAAGACUGUUAUUGGAAGUUCAUGGAAAACUUUGACACCGUUGUUACUGUAAGGAAACCGGUAAUAGCUGCUGUGAAUGGCUAUGCUGUUGGUGGUGGCUGUGAGCUGGCUAUGAGGUGUGACAUCAUCUUGGCUGGAGAGAAUGCCAAGUUUGGUAUACCAGAUAGUAAAAUUGGUGCUAUUGCUGGGGGAGGUGGCACUCAGUGGCUCCCUCAUAUUAUUGGCAAGUCUCGUGCUAUGCAGAUGUGUCUUUUAGGGGAGACCAUAACAGCUCAGCAAGCCAAUGAAUGGGGACUGGUAAGUUCUGUUCAUCCAGCAGACCAAGUGGUAGAUGAAGCUGUUCAACUUGGGGAGAGGAUUGCUCAACACUCCAAGCUGAUUGUGGCUAUGUGUAAGGAGUCUAUCAACAAUUCCUUUAAUUUGCCGCUGAGUCAAGGGCUGCACUUUGAGAGGAGAUUAAGCAAUAUCACAUUUGCCACAAAUGAUCGUCUUGAAGGAAUGACAGCAUUUGCCGAGAAGAGGACACCAAAAUAUACUGACAGUUGAUAUUUUAUAUUAUAAAAAUAACACAAAAAUAAACACUAUUUGCAAAAGAAUAAAUUGAAAAAUGUUAAACAUUUAACGUAUCCAUAGUUUUAUAAUGAAAUGUACAGUACUUUUCUACGGGCAACCCUUUCAGUAGUUUCCAAAUUAUACACAGCACUUCAGCAAGUUUUAGGGCUGAUAAAUAUAAUUAUUGUAAUUUACAAUUUUGGUCAAUUUUAUAUACAAUACAUAGUUCAGAGAAGAGUAUUUUUAAUUUUUUUUUCUACAGGAUGCUACUCUGCUAUUUCUUUUUAGCGGCUGAUACCUCCUCACAGAUGUGGGAAUUGUGAUAAUUAUGAUAUAUUACCAGUUUAAUAUAAUCAUAAGAUUUUGAUUUUUAAUGGGGGAAGGGACCUUUGACAAGCCGCUGGCUAUCUGUCCUCGUCGAAACCACUAGGGUUAUGGCCCUCAGGUAAAUCAGGUAAAUAAGAUAAAAUAUAUUUUUAAAAUCAUAACCGGCUUGGAAAAUUCUUGUAUGCUAUUUUAACCAUCUUAUAUCAUGAAUAAUUUAUUGUACCAUGCAGUACUUUAACAAAUUAAAAAGAUAAAUAUGGGAAAAGACUAGAAUGUAUAUGAUAAUCCAUGAUUGUAACUGAAAUGCCUUUAUAAUUUGUAUAAAAGUUAUGAAUAAAGUUUCCAAAAUCUAAA